ACAAAACUAUUGAUUGCAACUCAACUUUGAACUUCAUAUUCUAGAUUAGUGGAUUCUCCUCUCUUUUCCAACCAAGAGAUCCACAAGAUCUUUAAAUUUUCAAUUUAACCAUUUGAACUCAUUUUAGUGAUGAAUCCAAGCUUGAUUUGCUAAUAUGGUGUAUUCUCCUUAUCAUUAUGAAAACAUGUGGCUUGCUCUUCAAUCAAGUGCGCCUGCACUACAGGCAAUGCAUGAUGAGGUGUCCAUGUCAAGAAAAGGGCGAAAGAAUGAACAAAAAAUGGAAUUGGGAGGAGUGACUUCUAGCAAAUGGUUUCAUCUAUUAGAAACAAUGGUGAGAGAAGGAACAAGCACCUGGAAAUGGAAGGAUGAUUUAGGUUUCAACCUUGAUGCCCAUAAUAUGGGAUAUAGUACAAAACACAAGUCGGAUAUGGCAUCGCAAUGCCCAGAUGGGGGCAAAAUCGACCACAUGGUAAAAGAAACAACCCUUGUAACCCCCAUUGGAGUGUGGCUGCCUCCUAAUCCUUGGGUCUCAACGUCCUUCUUUCACUCAAAUUCUCUGCAUUAUGCAAAACCAAUGAUGCAAUUCAUGAAGCCUAGAGUAGGUGUUUUCCUUAAACAGAGGAUAGCAUUUACAACAGUAAAAAUUAACAUUUUAGUUUAUAAAAAUUAAAAAUAAAUUUAAACACAUAAAACAUAUAGAAAAUUUAUAAUGUAAAUUUUGAAAAAUUAUAUAUAUAUAUAUAUAUAUAUAUAUAUAAUGGAAAUCAUUUUAAAGAAAUUGUGUAGACUCUUUUAAUUUUCUUGAGUUCCAAUCCCCAUCCUUUAUUGAUGUUGUAGCUAGCACGGAAUUGGAAACUUGAAAUAGAGCUAUGCAAACCUUUUCUAUGUAGACUUAAGAAACUGAAAAGCCAUACAUACACACUCCAAUGCUAAUUUAUAAAAACAUAAAACAAAAAAAAAAAAAAAGUAAAGGAGAAAAAAAUGAAAAUAAAAAAUAUAAAAAUUAAAAUAAGAGAUAAGGGUAUGAAGUGGGGGCUCUGUAUGGCUAGCAAUCUUUGCAACUAGGGAAGUGCCAAGAGACUAAUGAGCUUCUCUGCUCAUACUAGUCAGAUAGGUAUUUCGAAGCUCCAAUGCUUCCACUGCCUUCCUGCCACCACCCACCUAUUAGCCCCCACCACCGCCCCUACCGCACCUUGCCCUUCUCUUUUUCUCCUUCCCUUAUUUUUUUCUCGUGGCUAUACUUAGCGAUGCUUCAUUCUUUUAUUGUUUCAUAUCUGACAUCCAAAUUUUUUCAGGUGUUAUUUGCCUACAUAGCCAUUGUCAAUAGUUAGGAAGCUGGCACUUCGUCAUCACUCGAAUGAAACAGAUGAAUAGUUAGGAAACCUUGAUUUUCUUCCUAACACCAAGGAGAGGCAGUACAACUAUUCAAUAUUUGAAUGCUUUAGCGACGAGAUUCUAAUGCAUAACAACAAAGAUGAUGGAAUUGAAGAUUGGAUGCAAUAAUCAGACAAACCUUUUUGAAACUAGGUAUUAUGAAUGUUAGAAUAUUUUGUUGAGUAUAUAUGGGAAGGGAAAAGUUUCAUUUACAAGGGCUUGUUAAAUCUUGUCGGGGGUUGUUGUAUAUCCUAUAUAUACUCAUUCAAUUGGAUUGAUAAAAGUCAUUACUCAA